CUUUAAGGGUGCCCGUCAUUGAUGUCCAGGAUGACAAUUUCAAGGAGCUCUGGCCAUCCAUGCUUUUGGCUAUCAAAACUUCUAGCUUUAUUGCUGUUGACACAGAACUUAGUGGGCUUGGAACAAGGAAGAAUUUGCUGAAUCAGUGCAUUGAAGAACGAUAUAAAGCGGUUUGCAAUGCUGCUAAAACACGCUCUGUUUUGUCUCUUGGAGUUGCUUGUUUUAAACACCUUCCUGACAAGACAGAGAACACAUAUCUUUCCCAGAUCUACAACUUAACCUUGCUAUGUAUGGAUGAUUAUAUAAUUGAACCACAGUCAGUCCAAUUCCUGGUGCAACAUGGCUUUGACUUCAACAAGCAGUAUUCUCAGGGCAUUCCCUAUCAUAGGGGAAAUGAUAAGGGAAAUGAAAAUCGGAGUCAGACAAUUCGUACUUUUUUCCUGGAAAUAAUUCGAGCAAGAAAACCUAUCAUUCUGCACAAUGGCCUAAUUGAUUUAGUUUUCCUCUACCAGUGCUUCUAUGCCCACUUACCUGACAAUCUGGGCACUUUCACUGCUGACCUUUCAGAGAUGUUCCCAGCUGGCAUCUAUGACACAAAAUAUGCCUCAGAAUUUGAGGCACGCUUUGUAGCUUCUUACCUAGAGUAUGCCUAUAAGAAGUGCAAACGAGAAAACUUCAGAUUGAAAGACUGCAAGAAACCAUAUCUCAGUAUAGAAUUCUGCAGCUAUCCUGCCAGCAUAGAUGCCUAUGUUGAAUACCGGUUUUGCUCUGUGGCUGAUGUCAGCCAGGCUCAAACUGACAUUGCUAACAAAAUUGUCAUCUGCCAGCCAUUUUCGGCUUAUGGCUGGUGCCCAGAUGGGUUGAACUGUACACAAUCUCACAAUAUCGAUCUAAUAAUUAACGAGGAUGAGAAUCAGAAAGAGGAGAAGCGGAAGACAAGAAAACAAAAAUGGAAACGGCGGAAGAACUUAGCAGAGUCAACAAAAAUUGAACUGAAUGAUGUGAAGUUGGCUUGGGAUAAGGAAAAAGGUUCCCCUUCCAAACAGUCGUGCCCUAGUAACUUGAUUGCUCCUAUUGUAGAUAGUGCAGAUGCAGAAAGUGUGUCUGGUAAUGGGGAGACUUCAAUGGAUGUGGAACAAGAACUAGUUUCCAACGAUGCUGCCAGUACUACAGACAAUGAGAGUAUAAUUUCUUCAUCAGUCAAAUAUUUCCAGCAGGAAAAGGCAAUAGGAAGCGAAGGCCCAGAGCCAAAAGCCCAGUUACAGAAUGAUUCUGCAGUGACCUCUUUGCCUGUCACACGUAACGUAGCACCAUCUAAUUGUUCACAAGGGAGUAUUCACCGGGCUGGCUUUGAUGCCUUCAUGACAGGCUACAUAAUAGCAUACAUCCAAAUGCUCAAUAAACAGAGCGACUCAAAUAACGGGCCUUGGUUACCAGAGUGCCACAACAAAUUGUACCUUAGUGGAAAGUCUGUGCCUCUCCAGAUUGUGAAAAGUUUGUUUUCUAAAUCUUCCAAAGCCCACAACCAAAAGAUGAAAUUGGUAUGGGACAGUAGUUAGAAGUAAAUACCAUACAGCUCAGGAUCACAGAUAAAUGCUAUUGCUAUAAACUGUUUUCUUGAAGCCGCAAUACUCAAAUCAGAGCUGCUAGAGAGACAUUAAAAAGACGUAAUAUAAUAUGUGCAGCAGCCUGAAUGGAUUAUGGAUUUAUUUUUAAAUGUUUGUAAAAUUAUGUAUUAAAUUUUCCCAUUGGGGAUAGAACCUUUACACUGUAGAUGAAGCAUUUUUUUUCAAAUGCUUAAGACAGCACUUUCUUUUACAAGGCUUUGUUUGUGUGUUCAUGCUCACACAAUGCCUCUUGGGGAAUGGCAAUGCAUUUAUGAGAAGACAGCUGGUUUCAAGUAGCCUUGAAAAUUUUCCCCCAAAAUCAUAU